AUGACCAAAGGUUUCAAGGACAACCAAGAUUUCAUCAAUGAAGUUGCUACCAUUGGAAGAAUUCAUCAUGUCAAUGUGGUACAACUAAUCGGAUUUUGUGCUGACGGAUCUAAGCGUGCUCUUGUCGAUGACGUCAUGCCUAAUGGGUCUCUUGAAAAGUACAUUUUUUCCCAAGAAGGAAAUACCUCCUUGAGUUACAAGCAAAUGUAUGAGAUUUCUCUUGGCGUGGCCCGUGGGAUUGAAUAUUUGCAUCGGGGUUGUGACAUGCAAAUUUUACAUUUUGGCAUCAAGCCUCACAACAUUCUUUUAGACGAAAAUCUCACUCCAAAAGUUUCCGACUUUGGGCUUGCAAAAUUGUUUCCAAUAGAUAAUAGCAAUGUGUACGUGACUGCAGCAAGAGGAACAAUGGGCUACAUGGCUCCAGAAUUGUUCUGCAAAAACAUUGGACGUGUUUCCUACAAAGUUGAUGUUUAUAGUUUCAGAAUGUUGUUGAUGGAAAUGGCAGGUAGACGGAGAAACUUGAAUGCAUUCGCUGAUCAUACAAGCCAAAUUUACUUCCCUUCUUGGGUUUAUGACCAAUUUAAAGAAGGGAAGGACAUGGAAAUGGGAGAGAGCACAGAGGACGAAAGGUAG